UCUACACCGGAAAAGGAAGCAACGCAUACUGUGCACAAGUUUGACCCUUGUGGGUGUAGAGUUUAACAUGAACACAAAUGAAUUAAUAUUUGUUGUUUAUAUGUUCCUCUGACAGCAGCUGUAAUUCCGUGUCCACAGCUACAAAACCAUGAGACUAACAGUGUUGCUUUCAAUGGCUGCAAAAGCUGCUUUUCCCCAUGAUUAUCAUUACGGAUCAAACAGACCCUGGACUGUAGCAGCCCGCCGGCUCAACCCACCUGGCAGAAAAAGAAGAGAGGUUUUUGUUGUACCUAUUGCAAAUGAGGACUGGCACGUUCUGAGAGGAGACACCGUGGAGAUUCUGUCUGGUAAGGAUAAAGGGAAGCAGGGCAAAGUAGCUCAGGUGUUCCGAUGCCGAAACUGGCUCAUACUCGAAGGCCUAUACACGCAUUACAGGUAUGUGGGCAGGUCUGGAGAUUACAGGGGUACUUACAUCGCCAGUGAAGCCCCUCUACUGCUAAAGGAUAUUUCACUUAUCGACCCUACUGACAGGAAGCCCACAGAUAUUGAGUGGCGGUACACAGAGGAAGGUGAGAAGGUACGUGUUUCUGUCAGGACCGGACGUAUUAUUCCCAAACCAGUCUUCCAGAGAAGAGACGGCAUCAUUCCACAACAGUGGAAAGGUGAGAUUUCCGAGAAAGAAAUGGACCCAAAGACACAUCAUCAGAUGACACUCUUGAGAAAACAUACACACCGUCUUUGAAAACCCUUGAGGAAGAAGUUAUGGAGAAAAUGAACAUUCAGGAGCACAGGAGGCCCCGUAAAAGUUAUUGGUACUAAGAUACCACAAAGACUGUGUAUUAUGUUUCAGCUUGACGACAGCAGCAACAGUUCUUCGAAUUCAACAAGUGUUUUUGAUAAUUGAGGAGCAAUUAUGUGUGUGUUCUAUGGCCUUUGUCUAUAAAACCAACCAAAUGUUGUAUUCACUUUCCUUGCUUGUGAUGUCUUAGUGAAAUUUUUUCUACCAAUCCAACCAUACCAUUCCUCUAUAUCCCCCACAAAUAAUUAAUCUCUCUCUAUAAGUAGUAUCCUAUUAAUACAGUAUAUGAUCCUAUAAAUACUAUUUAAUAUAAGGCAAAGGCCCAAAAAUAAAUAAAGGUUAUAUUAUAAACUUAAAUGUACUUUCAGUAUCGUCAGUUUUACUCAAUCUUCCCAUGUUCGUAUUACUCAAAAAAACUCCAAUAACAGUCAUUCCAAUGAAGGUUCAAAUGUAUCACAAUUGAAGUCCCAGACAUGGCUAGCACGUUUUCUAUCCAUAUUUUGCAAUGUGGAAGUAAGAAGCGGCUGCAUUUCUGGUGUUCUGUCAAAGUCUGUUUCCCUUUGGGUUAGUGUUUCCCGUAGCGCCAUUAAACAUUCGACUUCGACACUAACCUUAAGGGGAAACAUAGGGGGAACAGACUUCGACACUAACAUUAAGG